GGCUUAUUAUUCGGUGGAAUGGUCGGGUGACAAACUCGAACAUUGGGAUCGACUAUGAAAAUGGCGAAUCCACUAUGCUAAAAAUUGAGUCGAGAUUCUCGUGGCUAGAACUCCAUGACAUUUGUGCAGAAAGGACUUGUACGGGCGGGCAAAGGAGAGUUGGUCAAAUUGCUUACCGCUAUCCAAACAUGAGUGUUGGCGGAAUCAUGUACGAAAAAGUUGUCAUAAAUGAUGAUGACUCGGUGAACAUGAUGAUACAAUUCCUAUCUGACAACGGGGUGCGGCUGGCAGAGGUGUAUGUCGAGACCGAGCCGGUCGGUGAAACUCAUUCUCACCAGUAUUCUUGUGAUGAUGGUUUUGCAGGAGGGUAUGGCUGGGGUGGUAGUUCAAGUAACUACGGAGGAGGUACUUCUGCAGGAGGGUAUGGCUGGGGUGGUACUUCAAGCAACUACGGAGGAGGUAGUUAUAAAGGAGGUGUUCGAUACCACCGCAUGUAGCCAUCGUGGUACCCCAUUGGCCUCGUCUCCGGCAACCCUUGGACCACCCAUUGAUUUCUAUUCUCCCAUAUGUUGAUGUAGAAUUCAUGCUUCUUGACCCAAUCCUUUUUGGUGUAGCGUAGGUCAAUGGCGUGGAGCUCCCUGAACCCUUGAGGUGGGGAUGCUGGAAUUGGUUGCUCCAAUCGAUAUUGCCUCAAAGAUCGAUCGGGCAGGUGCCAUUCCACCAUGUGCCAGCAGAUUAAGGGCACCUUGCACAACCAUGUCUCUUGAUCCUCGGGAUGUCUAAGACGAUGCAACUCAACCACUUCAUUUGGAUAUGGAUCCCAUACCGCCUACAAUCAUUAUAGUUCAUGGAAUUAGUACAAAUUAUAUCCAUUCCACCUAAAAAAUUAAAAAUGAUGAAAUUUUAUAUUUUUACCUGGUUCCACCAAGGCUUAUCAAAUUCAUCACGAUAAAACAGCAAAGAGUGU